AUGAGUAUGCGAUGUGAUUAUCUUCGGAGAAUCAUGGAUCAUUCAUCAAGUACAACUCUAUAUCUGAAAUCUGGUAAGGGAUCUAACGAUAGCCCUUUUUCUCCAAUCAUCAACAUGAUCGUUAUGAUAGCGACAUUGAAAGGCGUUAUCAUCCGACUUUCAGGUCAUGCGGAAGGGUUGUUAUCUUAUCGAGGACCACGCCAGUUCUCAGCCAUCGUCCAGAAGAACGUCUGUUACGCGCUCGACGCAUUUGCUGACAGCGAAAACAUUCAGCCUUGCCAAGAAAAAUUAUGUGCCUUAUUCAGCUACAAUUUCCAGUAUACGUUACUUGCAAGUACCACCGAUAAGGCUGAAGGGCACUGCAAAUGUGAUCGAUUGGCUGUGAGCGCUUGGAUGCCCGUGGCUGUGCUGGCGCAGUCUUCUUGA